AUGUCGCGCAACACGAAGGAGUUCAACAGGCAGGCCGACCGGUUUACGGAGGAGUACACGGAGCAGCGCAUCGCCUUGGAGCAGUGCCUGCAAUCCCGUAUCAACGAUGACAUCAACUUUGUGUGCCAGCGGCAGAAGUCCGCCUACCUCGAGGGCAUUGCCAAAAUCUUCUGCAAGAGGGAGUACGACGCCGGUGUGGUGUGCCAGAGGGCGGCAGGCGACAAGUGGGCCUCAGACUGUUUCAAGGAGAACGUGGCGUUCGGCCAGUGCACCGACCGCGUCCUGAAGCAGUUGUACGUGUACAACCUGGAGCACAACAAGAAGAGCCCUGGCGCCAACUGA